AUGUCCGCGUUGACAAUACUCCACCCACAUUGCUCACCUCCCCUUAGCCGAUCUGAACCGACUCACUUCGUAACUGGGGCACUCCGGCCUGCUCCUACCCCACCUCCUCACGCCACGUCGGGGACAGAAGAGCCUCUGGGCAGCCGAAUUUACGGAACCCUUCACCUUCCCGAUUUUCCAGUUACUCCGCCGGAUCGCUUUUGCCAUUAG